UCGUUUACCUCGGAAAUCUACUGCUCGCUCGCCUUUACUCCACCUCUGUACCUCCGCUAAGAGUGUCGAUUAUGACGCUCAUCUCAUGAAUCCGCACCUUUGGUCCAUCAACAGAUUUUGCGGGGCCUCCGAGUGUGGUCAAUACAUCACAAAGCUCCUCAAUCGCUCCUGGUCUAGAGAUUUCCUGCUAGGUUGUCGAUUGCUUUGUCUCAAUAUCCCCAGAAGAUCCAGCCCAGCACCCUGAUCAACAAUGUCUGCUAUUCAAGCGCAACUCGACCGUGGGGCAGUGCCCAACCACGUCUCCAAUGUUUGCCCGAAGGGGACAAAGUUCCAUGUUCUGGAGGUGGGCUGGCUCGAAUGUGACGAGGCAUUCGUUAUCCGGGGCGGAAACACUAGCAAGUUGAGCACCGCGACUCAGUCUUUUGUCAACAAGCGAAGGCAGCUACCCAUGUACUGUAUACUAAUCGAGCACCCACACGAGGGUCUGAUAUUGUGGGAAACGGGCUCUGGCAAGGAUUAUCCAACUGUAUGGGGCCCCGAGGUCGCUGACGUAUUCUCUCGCAUCCGGUACGAGCCCAAGCAUGAGCUCAAAGCAGCUGUCGAGGCGACUGGACACAAGAUCGAGGAUAUCAAGACCGUAAUCAUUGGCCAUCUCCAUAUCGACCAUGCGGGAGGCCUUGACGAAUUUCUCGACAAAAAAGAUGUUUCAAUAUGGGUUCAUGACAGGGAGCUCAAGGCUGCAUUCUGGUCCGUCGCCACGGGCGCCGAUGUUGGAGUUUACCUUGAGCAUUAUCUCAAGCUCAGCUUUAACUGGAAGACGUUCGAUGAACGGACGUUUGAUUUCUGCCAAGGCAUCACGCUGCACCAUUUGCCAGGUCAUACUGAUGGGCUGAUUGGUAUGCAACUCAACAUGCCUGACAGCGGAACGUGGCUUUUUAUAAGCGACCACUGCCAUGUCAUUGAGAAUUGGCGCGAUGGUAUCCCACAGGGUUGGCUCGCAAGAGAUCAUCCAGCAUGGUUCCAAAGCACUCAACGCUUGAAGCAGCUGGAAAGAACGACUAAAGGCCAAAUCAUCCCGGGGCACGAUAAGGAGACCUUUGAGAACAUGGUUGCCAAAGGCAGAACGUUCACUUAGGGGAAGCCGCGGAGACCGAUGUACAACCCCACCAAACUCGAGGUGUGUCCUCGAGCUUGACCUCGAGCUCGAAGCGGAGUCAGGCGAAGUCA